AUGGCCUCUAUUCGCGUUCUUUCCUUCGAUGCUGAGGGCCGUCCCGUGCAGUUCACUUCCUGGCUCGACGACCUGCAGUUGUAUCUUAUGAGCAAUAGCACGGACCACAUCUCCCUCUAUGACUACGCGUCUGGUGCUGCCGCUGCUCCUGCUGCCACAGCCGAGCUUAGUGUACGUUCUCAGUGGCAGACGCGUGACGCUGCUGCUCGCCUAGCCAUUCGCAGUCACCUGCCGUUAGCUGAGCUCGAGCAUUUUGGCGACUGCAAAACCGCUAAGGCCCUAUAUGACGCUGUCGUUGCUCGCUACUCCUCACCUGCCACAGCCGAGCUUAGCCGCCUCAUGCUGCCUUACCUGUUCCCUGAGCUGUCCACCUUUGCUACAGUCGCCGAUCUUAUCACCCACCUUCGCACUAGUGACGCUCGCCUGCGUGCCGCCCUUCCCACCGAGUUCUGCGCUAAGAACCCCCCUCCACUGUACUGGACACUCCACUUUAUAGUCACCCGUCUCCCUGACACCCUCAGCUCAGUGCGCGACUAUUUCCUUGCUCGCUGUCCCACUGAGCUCACUGUCGCCCUCCUAGAGGAGAAGCUGCUAGCAGCCGAGAAGAGCAUUGUAGCUGUAGGUGCUGCUCGCGGCGCUCCUCGCACCCCCAUCUUUGAGGGGUGUUCUCCCUCUCCCCUCGCUCCCUCCUACGCUACUGCUGCUGCUGUUGACUUCCUUGGUGCUGAGUCUGCUGGCGCUGCUUCUGCUCCUGGUGGGAGGCGCCGCACUGGCAAGGGCAAGGGGGGCAAGGGUGGCGGGGGUGGCGCUGGGGGGGGAGGGGGUGGGGGAGGUGGGGGGGGAGGCGGUGCUGGAGGGAGCGGUGGCGGGAGUGCCGGUGGGAGUGGGGCCGGCGGCGGAGGCGGGGGCGGCGGCGGGAGCAGUGGCGGUGGUGGCAGCGGCGGCAGUGGCGGCGGUGGCGGUAGUGGCGGUGGCGGUGGCGGUGGUGGCGGUCGGAGCGGAGGUAGUGGCGGCGGUGGAGGUCGGAGUGGAGGCACCGGCUCGGGCCAGAGCUCCCAGCAGCAGCAGCGUCCCCAGUCGACCCAGCAGCUUCGUGAGUGGCUUGCUCAGCGUGGGACGUCUGGGGGCAGUAGCCGCUGUUCCUAUGUCAUUCGCACAGGUGAUCGCAAGGGACAGACGUGUGGGAGGUUUCACACCCCGUACCGCUGCUUCUUCCGCCUUGACGACGCUUGGCGUGAGGAGAUGGGCGAGGAUGUUGAGCGCCCUCGCUGGGCUGAGCUGAUGAGGGCUGGGGUUGAUAUCUUUGCUCUUGACUAUGAUGCUAUUAUAGCUGCCAUGUAUGCAUUGACUGUUAGUGCCGAGGGAGACUGUUACUUGUGUGUGCCGCCUGACCCAGGUAUAGAGCCCGCUGCCCUAGGUACUAGUGAGUCUGCUCUCUCUGGUAUGGUGCCCCCUGUACCUGCUCCCUCCUGCACUGUCCCUGCUGCUUGCGAGUCUGCUCUCUCAGGUACAGCACCCACAGAGACUGCUCUCUCAGGUACUGCACCGACUGAGCCCUGUCACACCUUCACCCUUGACUCAGGUGCCUCCCGCUGCUUCUUUCGAGACAGUACUGAGCUCACACCGCUUUCUGCACCGGUCCCAGUCUCCUUGGCUGAUCCCUCUGGGGGCCCGGUCCUUGCCCGGUCCACCACUGUGCUCCCUUGUCCGGCGGUUCCGUCUGGCUCGUUGACAGGUUUCCACCUCCCCUCGUUCUCGACGAACCUGGUGAGCAACGCUGUCCUCCAGGAUCAGUGGGUUGACACCUUCACCCCUGGAGGACAGCGUGUGGCGAUCUGCACGUGCUCCAGGACCGGCCGUCACCUGGCUACGUUUACUCGUCGGCCGGGGUCGAGUCUCUACACACUGACCACUGCGUCUCCCCAGGUCGCUGCUGUCGGUCAGGUGUCCGCGUCAGGUCUGGUAGCCCACGCCUGUGAGUGUCGUUCCCUGUCGCACCAGACUCUUCUCUGGCACCACCGCCUGGGUCACCCCUCCUUGCCACGCCUCCGUGGCAUGCACCGUCGCCACCUUGUGUCUGGUCUUCCCAGGUCCCUCCCUCCCCUCCCUGCCUCGCCUGCGCCGCCUUGCCUUCCUUGCGUCGAGGGGCGGCAACGCGCCGCUCCUCACUCCUCCUCGUUCCCCCCGACAGAGGCUCCUCUGCAGACCCUCCACCUGGACGUGUGGGGCCCAGCCCGCGUUCGUGGUCAGGGCGGUGAGCGGUACUUUUUGCUGGUUGUCGACGACUACUCGCGUUACACCACGGUCUUCCCCUUGCGCACCAAGGGUGAGGUCCCUGCUGUUCUGAUCCCUUGGAUCCGCACAGUUCGUCUCCAGCUCCGCCGCCGUUUCCGGACGGAUCUUCCUGUCCUGCGUCUGCACUCUGACAGAGGUGGUGAGUUUUCCUCCGACCUCUUGAGGACCUUCUGUCAGGCGGAGGGCAUCGAGCAGACCUUCACGCUUCCGGACUCCCCACAGCAGAAUGGGGUUGCUGAGCGCCGCAUUGGCCUGGUCAUGGAGGUCGCUCGUACCUCCUUGGUCCACGCGGCGGCUCCCCAUUUUCUGUGGCCGUUUGCUGUCCGGUACGCCGCGCAUCAGCUCAACCUCUGGCCCCGUGUCUCCUUGCCGGAGACCUCGCCCACACUGCGUUGGACGGGGGAGGUUGGCAAUGCGUCGCGCUUCCGGGUGUGGGGUGCUCGUGCCCUUGUCCGCGAUACGUCCGCGGACAAGCUCUCCUCCCGCACGCUUCCCUGUGUCUUCCUUGGCUUUGUCCCUGACGCGCCGGGCUGGCAGUUUUACCACCCCACCUCGCGCCGGGUCUUCGCCUCUCAGGACGUCACCUUUGACGAGUCGGUCCCUUUUUACCGUCUCUUCCCCUACCGUACUGCCCCCCUCCCUCCCCCGCCGCUUUUCCUUGCUCCUGGUCCCCCUCCGGUAGACCCCCUCCCCCCUCAGGGUCCUGCUCCUUCAGGUGUCUCUCAGGUAGACCCUCCUCCCGUCGCUGAGCCUGUCGAGGUCACAGGUGACUCAGGUGCUGCUGCAGGUGGUGCUGAGUCUGGGGGUGCUGAGCCUGAGGGUGCUGGGCCUGGGGGUGCUGGGACUACGGGUGCUGGAGCUGAGGGUACUGUGCCUGAGAGUUCGGCGCCUGGGGGUGCUGAGCCUGGGGGUGCUGCGACUGGGGGUGCUGAGCCGACGUAUGCGGAGUCUGGGGGUGCUGAGUCUGGGGGUGCUGCGCCUGCGGGUACUGAGCCUGGGGGUGCUGCUACUGAGCCUACGGAGCCUCGGGUUGCUGCGUCUGGGGGUGCUCCGGUUCGGGGUGCUGAGCAGUCUCUCACACCACAGCAGCUUCGUGACUGGUACGUCCGGCGCUUUCGCCGUCCUCGUGGCUCGGCUGGAGCUGGGGGUGCUGGAGCUGCCGGGACUGGUUGUUCUGGGAGCACUACGACUGGAGCUGCUGGAGCUGGGGACUCUGGAGCUGGCGGCGCUAGCGGAGUUGUAGCUGCGGACCCUGGGGGUGGUGCUGCUGCUGGUGCUGCGGACCCACCUGGUGGAGCUGCUGCUGGAGCUGAGGACCCGAGCGGUGGCGCUGCUGCUGGUGCUGGGGACCCGGACGCUGGAGUCUCUUCUGCUUCUGGAGCCGCUGCGCGGCCGCGGCCGUACUUCGUACCGCUCCUUCAGCAGGUUCUUGGGCAGGCUCCUCCUCCUUGUCCUCCUCCCUCCGUAGAGUGUCCUCCGACUGUCCAGCCGCAGUCACAGUUACCGCCUGCCUCGCCUCUCCCUGCUCCCUCUCCUUACACUGGUCCCACAGGAGGUCUUACAGAGCGUCGUGAGCCUGAGUCUCGUCCUGCGUCGCCUGUCCGUACUGCUCGCACUGGUCGUCGUGUCCGUCGUGAGCGUCCUCCUCCUGUCCCAGGCACUCACUACAUGACUCUGCGUCCUUCUACUGCUCCUCAGCGUGUCCCUCUGCCGUCUCCUCCUGCGUCCUCUUUGCCUGACGUUCCCGACCCUGAGUCUGACCGGUAUCGUGCUGAGCACCCUACUGUCACGCGUCUCCUAGCUACUGUUGUCACUGACCCUACCUUUGAGUCCUCGGCUGCGUCUGCUCUGGUCGCUGAGUUGGUCGACUUUGCUGCUGCCUGUCGUCUAGACUACGCCGCCAGUCUUGUUGCUGAGUCUGAGUCUGUCUGUCCUCCGUCCGUCGGGGGUGAGUGUGCUCUUGGCACGGACGUCCUUGAGGACAGGCAGGAGGACUUUGACUCUCUUGCGGCUGCUGUACCUCAUCUCGUGGCCUGGUUGCUUGCCCCUGAGGGAGACCCGGAUGCACUAGACAUCCCCACUCCGCGCACUUACGCAGAGGCGAUCUCGGGUCCCUACUCCUCUCAGUGGCAGACAGCCAUGGACGCAGAGAUGGCAUCCUGGAAAUCCACAGGCACCUACGUCGACGAGGUUCCCCCUCCUGGGGCGAACAUCGUCGAUGGCAUGUGGAUUUUCAGGGUGAAGCGGCCGCCAGGUUCUCCGCCUGUCUUCAAGGCUCGUUACGUUGCUCGAGGCUUCAGUCAGCGUCAGGGGGUCGACUUCUUCCAGACCUUCUCCCCCACCCCGAAGAUGACCACUCUUCGGGUUCUGCUGCACGUUGCUGCUCAGCGUGACUACGAGCUUCACUCCCUUGACUUCAGCACAGCGUUCCUGCAGGGCAGCCUGCACGAGGAGAUCUGGCUGCGCCGCCCACCUGGCUUUACUGGGUCGUUUCCUCCUGGUACCCAGUGGAGCCUCCGCCGGCCAGUCUACGGUCUCCGCCAGGCGCCACGCGAGUGGCACGACACACUGAGGACUACACUUGCGGCUCUUGGGUUCGCGCCGUCUACUGCUGACCCGUCGCUGUUUCUGCGCACAGACACGUCGCUGCCGCCGUUCUACAUUCUCGUGUACGUCGACGACUUGGUCUUUGCUACUGCUGACACUGAGGCACUCGCUCGUGUGAAGUCGGAGCUGCAGAAGAGACACACCUGCACUGACCUGGGUGAGCUGCGUAGCUAUCUUGGCUUGCAGAUCACCCGGGACAGAGCUCGCCGCACCAUCACCCUGACUCAGUCACACAUGGUGCAGCAGGUCCUUCAGCGCUUCGGCUUCCAGUUCUCCUCACCACAGGCCACACCUCUGGCUACCAGUCACUCGCUCUCAGCUCCACCUCCGGACGAGUCCGUAGAGCCGAGUGGCCCGUACCCAGAGCUUGUGGGCUGCCUCAUGUACUUGAUGACUUGCACGCGACCUGACCUCGCGUACCCUCUUAGCAUCCUUGCUCGUUACGUUGCACCUGGGAGACACAGGCGAGAGCACUGGGAGGCUGCUAAGAGGGUGCUGCGCUACUUGUGCAGUACAUCAGGCAUGGGGCUGGUGCUUGGAGGACACGACAGAGUUGUCCUCACUGGUCACUCGGACGCUUCUUGGGUGGACGACCUGGCUACGCAGCGGUCGUCACAGGGUUACACCUUCAGCCUUGGCUCUGGUUCUGUCUCGUGGCGGUCCACCCGUUCUUCUUCUGUUCUCAGCUCUAGUUGUGAGGCUGAGAUCUACGCCACGGCCAUGGCUGCACAGGAGUUACGCUGGCUCACCUACCUGCUGACUGACUUGGGAGAGCGGCCUAGUUCUCCUCCAGUUCUGUACGGCGACAACAAGGCGGCCCUUGCCUUGUGUCAGGAGCACAGACUGGAGCACAGGACGAAGCACAUUGCUCUUCGCUACUUUCUUGCUCGAGAGCUUCAGCAGCGCGGUCAGCUUCGGCUUGUGUACGUGGACUCGAAGGCCAACACUGCUGAUAUCUUCACCAAGGCGCUCCCGCCUAGUGAUCAUCAGCGGCACUGUACUUCUUUAGGCCUUGUGUCCACGUUUCCUCACUUGCUCACUGCUUGA